CGGCCGCAGGGCCAUGCUGGCCUCGCGCGUGGCGCGCGGCUCGUGGGGAGCCCUGCGCAGCCCCGCAUGGGUGCCAGGGGCGCGGCCGGGCGAGAGACGCUCCCGCGGGGCACUGCUGCAAUCUGCGACCUGCUGCCUGCGCUUCCUGGCGGAGCGCCGGUCCCUGCGUCCAGCAGCGCUCGCCGUGCGGUUGCCCGGCGCCGGUCCGCGGGGUUACUGCUCCGGCGAAGGGAAGGCGGCUCCCAGGUCCGCAGCCGAAGGGAGCUCUGCCGCCGAGGCCCCAGUCGGCCGGUGGGGCCCGGCGAGCGCCGCCAGCCUGUAUGAAAACCCAUGGACAAUCCCAAACAUGUUGUCAAUGACAAGAAUUGGCUUGGCCCCAGUUUUGGGCUAUUUGAUUAUUGAAGAAGAUUUUAAUAUUGCAUUAGGAGUUUUUGCUUUAGCUGGGCUAACUGAUUUGUUGGAUGGAUUUAUUGCUCGAAACUGGGCCAAUCAAAAAUCAGCUUUGGGAAGUGCUCUUGAUCCACUUGCUGAUAAAAUACUUAUCAGUAUCUUGUAUGUUAGCUUGACCUAUGCAGAUCUUAUUCCAGUUUCACUUACUUAUAUGAUAAUUUCAAGAGAUAUAAUGUUGAUUGCUGCCGUUUUUUAUGUCCGAUAUCGAACUCUUCCAACACCGAGAACACUUGCUAAAUAUUUUAACCCUUGCUAUGCCACCGCCAGGUUAAAACCAACAUUCAUCAGCAAGGUAAACACAGCAGUCCAGUUAAUCUUGGUGGCAGCUUCUUUGGCAGCUCCAGUUUUCAAUUAUGUUGACAGCAUAUAUCUUCAGAUACUGUGGUGUUUUACAGCUUUCACCACAGCUGCCUCAGCUUACAGUUACUAUCAUUAUGGUCGGAAAACUGUUCAGGUGAUAAAAGGCAGAUGAAAGUCAUCCAUUGUCAUUGGCGAAGAAGCAGUAUACAUCGUUGGUGUCAGGGCCAUUUGGAAAUCUACAGGAGUUUCUGCAUUUGGGUGUUCAGCUUGACAAGGACUUAUCAGAAAAAAACCAUGUCAUCAAAAUUGAAGUUGUGUGCACUGAAAGUAAGCUUGAUCAUGGGUAUGUGGAAUUUCCAAUGUAUUUUUAAAUACAAAUAAAACUAUAAUUUAGAGUUUUU